CCGACGUGGUUCCUUAGGGUGAGGGGUUUGAGAAGCGGUGGUGUGGACGCGAAGUCAGAAUUUCUGAUGCUGUUGCUUUUGGCUUGAGCUUGUUGUUGUUGUUGUUGUUUCCUGCCAAGACAGCACCAUUUUAAGCGAGUCGGAAGGGUGAGAUGGCAGGGAGCGGACAGUGAAGCGCGCUGCUUUUCCUCGUCUGUCACCGAGGCGGAGACGGUCCAGGUACUGAUCUAAAGCAAAGGAAAUCACUCUGAGUUGGAAGCAAAUGACACCUUUCCCUCAGUGCUAAGCAAAGAACCAGGAGCUAUUUUCUGGGAAACUGUGGAAUGUGCCCUUGGGAGCCCAAAAAAGCCGGAGUAAGAUGCUGCAGACGAGUAACUACAGCCUGGUGCUCUCCCUGCAGUUCCUGCUGCUGUGCUAUGAUCUCUUCGUCAAUUCCUUCUCAGAGCUACUCAGAAUGGCAGCUGUCGUCCAGCUGGUGCUCUUCAUCAUUCAAGACAUUGCAAUCCUCUUCAACAUCAUCAUCAUUUUCCUCAUGUUCUUCAACACCUUCGUCUUCCAGGCUGGCCUGGUCAACCUCCUAUUCCAUAAGUUCAAAGGGACCAUCAUCCUGACGACUGUGUACCUCGCCCUCAGCAUCUCCCUUCAUGUCUGGGUCAUGAAGUUACGCUGGAAAAGCCCCAACAGCUUUGUUUGGACAGAUGGACUUCAAACGCUGUUUGUAUUCCAGAGACUAGUGGCAGUGCUGUACUGUUACUUCUACAAACGCACAGCUAUGAGACUGGGCGACCCCCGCUUCUACCAGGACUCUCUAUGGCUGCGCAGGGAGUUCAUGCAAAUCCGAAGGUGACAGCCUCUUGUCACACUGCAAGGUGGAUGCCAUUCCUUCCUGCUAAAAGCCACAGGUGCCACACUGCAGAGCUGGCCGCAGAUAGGCUCAGGCCGAUUGUGUUUAUCAUUCAAGAAAGAAGAGCAUUCCUCAUGCAAAUUCAGUGUUCUCCACAGUCUUUAGUACGUAAUGCUUUCUGGGCUCCUUGCUGCAAAGUUCAGGGCUCCCAACCUUGGAGCCUUGGUUCUGUCUGGGACAGCAGCCUUCUGGCUCCCACUCCCCCAUGACAUACUUGAUUGACUAAAAACUGCAAAGAGUGAUGGUUAUAGUGGUCCUGACUGAGCACCCUCAGACAUUUAGAUUUUUAUACCUAAGGUACUUUUUUUACAUUUAUAAACAGGAAAUAAACUUUUUUUUCAUAAAUGAUGGCAUCUCUAGCUAGUUCUCUGCAUGGUUAAGAGGCAUAUAAAGUGACAAGCUCACAAUCUAUUUGAUCAAGUGGGCAGAAGGAGCCAUAGGUCAAAUACAAGCUGGGCACUGGUGGCUCACCCCUGUAAUCCUAGCUACUCAGGAGGCUGAGAUC